AUGCCGUAUGGAGUUCAGCAGCAGCAGCCUCCACCAUACGUGCAGCAUCAGCAGCAGCCGCAGCAGCAGCAGCAGCAACAGCCCUAUGGACAGCCGCCUCCCUAUGGGCAGCAGCCUCAGCAGCAGCAGCAGCAGCAGCAGCCAAUGUAUGGCCACCCUCAGCAGCAGCAGCAACAGCAGCAACACCUGCAGCAGCAGCAGCAACAGCCAUACGGACAGCAGCAACCACCAUACGGGCAGGCGCCGCAAGUGCCGCCGCCGCAGCAGCAGCAGCAGCCAGCCAAUCCGUAUAUGCAGCAGCAGCAGCGACAGGUGCCCCCCCCGCAGCAGCAGCAGCAGCAGCAGCAGCAACUCUACGGGCCCCCGCCUGCAGCGUAUCAACAAAUGCCGCAGCAGCAGCAGCAGCAAGGAGAAGGAGAAGGCUACGGCCCUCUUCGUGGGGCAGCACACGGAACUGUACAAAGGGGUGAGCUACUGCUGCUGCUGCUGCUGCUGCUGAGGCUGCUGUUGCUGGUGGUGGUGUUGGCGCCGCUCCUGCUAGUCCUGCUGCGGUUUCCGUCGCUGGUUUCCCCUUUGCUGCUGCUGCAGCUGCUGCUGUGCUACGAUACUAUCUGCUUGUUUGUGUUGCUGUUGAGCUGA